AUGUCAUUCAGUGCUGAUUUUGACCAGUCAGAAGAGACUCUGAAGAGUCUGGUACAUAUGUCAAAUUGUGACAUCAUGUAUGAACAAAAUCAACAAUUAUCAUCAAGUCGGAAGUUGGACAAUAUGCCUCAGAGAGAGCUUGAAAAACAGAAUAAUUCAAGACUUUCUGUGAUUGUGGAAUCUACUCCUGAUCUCAGAGUGGCGGACACAAAUGUUUGCCACCAAAAUGAAAGAUCAAGGAGUCAUUAUGCAUUGGAUAACAAGGUAAACAUACACCAAUGCCCUAUUUCCAAGACCAAACUCGACAAUGUCUACAAGAACAGUGAAAGUAGUGAGAGUUCUUUGGACGAAUCAGACUGUAAAAGAAAUGUACCUUACAAAAGGUGUGUGUGCAACGAUUGUGGAAGAAGCUUUAAUUAUAUUUCACAUCUAAUUACACACCAAAGAUCUCACAGUGGAGAGAGGCCCUUUUCAUGUCCUGAAUGUGGAAAAAACUUUGGCAGAAAGUCCUGUCUUGUAAUACACGAGAGAACCCAAACAGGGGAGAAACCUUACAAGUGUACGCACUGCAUGAAGGGGUUCACAAGCCGAGCCACUCUCUCUACUCACAUAAGAAUCCAUACAGGAGAGAGACCUUAUGUAUGCUGGGAAUGCGGUAAAAGCUUCACCAGUAACUCUUCUCUGUUUAUUCAUAACAGAACUCACACGGGAGAGAAACCCUAUGAAUGUAGCCAGUGUGGGAAGACCUUUUCUUGCACAUCCGCUCUUGUCACUCAUCAUAGAACACACACGGGAGAGAAGCCAUAUGUUUGUGGCGAAUGUGGAAAGGGUUUUGUCGAUAACUCAAGACUUCAUAAACACCAGGCGACUCACACAGGAGAGUGGGCAUACAUGUGUGUUUUGUGUGGGAAAGGGUUCACUUGUAUCUCAAAACUCAAGGUGCACCAGAGAUCACACACAGGGGAGAGACCGUAUUCCUGCAAUGAAUGCGGGAAGAGCUUCACUCAUAAUUCAUAUUCAUAA